UCGGCAUCAUCAUCAUUCCUCUUUCCUGCACCAUGGGCGCCAACCUCAGCAUCCCCGCCCCGGCCGAUGCUGCUGCUUGUCCCGUAGACCCCAAGGCGCGUGCCGCCUGGCUGGCUCAGCAACAGCAGCAGCAACAAGCCGAGGACAAAUGCCCGGUAGACCACAACUCGCGGGCGGCGUGGAUGGAGCAGGCAAAGGCAGCGCGGGCAGCAGAAGCUGAGCAGCAGGCCGACGACAAGUGCCCCGUAGACCACAACUCGCGCGCCGCGUGGAUGGAGAAGGCAAAGGCUGCGACAGCAGCGCAAACCGCCACGCCGCCGCCGAGCGCGCAGCCCAUGCCCAGCGACGGCUGCGACUCCUCCUCCAUGGACCAGACGCUCCCCUCCAAAACUGCAUCCGCCGUUUCUCCCAUCGUCAGCGCGACAGGCUUCCGUCUAGGCGAGCGCCGCGAGGUGUCGACCAUCCCGCGCGCCUUCCCCGAGAGUGCCGCGUCCGGCGGCGCGCCCGCCAACAACGAGCAAGACACGGGUGCGGACAAGGGCAGCGGGAACUGGAUCUACCCGUCGGAGCAGAUGUUCUUCAACGCGAUGAGGCGCAAGAAUUUCGAUCCGCGGAUGGAGGACAUGCGGAGUAUUGUGCCGAUCCACAACGCGGUGAACGAGCGCGCGUGGAAGGAGAUCAAGGAGUGGGAGGAAGGACGGGGGUCCGAAGAGUGCGGAGGCCCCAAACUGGUCGCUUUCGCGGGCCAGUCCACGAAGCUCACGCCGCGCGCUCGCUUGAACACGUUCCUUGGCUACCAGGCGCCGUUUGACCGGCACGACUGGACGAUCGACCGGUGCGGCGUGACGGUCGACUACGUCAUUGACUUUUACGCGGGGCGCGACGAGGGCAAGGCCGGCAAGAGCUUGAACUUUUAUCUGGAUGUGCGGCCGAAGCUGAAUAGCUGGGAGGCGGUCAAGACGAGGGCGUCGCGGUUCGUGGGAAUGUAGUUGUAGGAAAGAGGAUGUGUGCAUAUUUUCAAGUGUAGUUGAUGCAUGGACACAUUGACGAAUCGGGCAUCUGGGUUGGGUUGGGAAAAUGCAUUGGAGGAGUUUUAUGGGCGACCCCGUUCUUGGGGCUGUAAGAGUAGCGAAGACGAAGGAAACUAUUACCCCUCUCCGUCUGGACCGCCGUCCGAAGAUCAAAAUUCGAGCAUCGAAAGGAAUAUGAGAGGAGGCAAGGACGCACUUUGCGAUGUGGAUGUGAAUUGAUACGCAGCAAAGAUGCUUCUUGGACCAAGGAACGGGUGGUGGCCUCACCGGUACGUUUGAUGCUCUCCUCUUUCUCUUGCUCGGCUCUUGCGAUCAAUACUCUGCUCUCGAUAGUAUUGUGUUCCAUUUACCAUGAGUUAUCCUUGAUGUUGCC